AUGGCCAAGUUGGGAGAAGGCGGCUACCGCCAAAUCAACAAGUCCCUCAACAUCUGCGCCUUCGAGGAUUACCUCACAAGUCAGAUGUCCAAUCUUCCAUUCAUCCCAGAUGUGGAGCAAAUAAGCCCCCGUGUUAUCAGGGUACUUGGCCAAAACCCAGGAAAGUUUACUCUUCAAGGAACAAACACCUACAUCAUUGGUACGGGUUCAGAGCGCUUGAUUGUUGAUACCAGCCAGGGUAUUCAAAGCUGGGCCGACCUGAUACAAACCACAUUGUCUGAGAUGGGGUUUAAAUUAUCACAUGUCCUCCUCACGCAUUGGCAUGGAGAUCACAGCCUUGGUGUUCCGCAAUUAAUUGCUCUCUAUCCAGAUCUUGUUGGCAGAAUCUACAAACACUCUCCUGACCGGGAUCAACAGCCUAUUGUCGACGGCCAGAUUUUUCAUGUCGAGGGCGCGACGGUCCGCGCUGUGCACACUCCAGGCCACUCUCAUGACCACAUGUGCUUUAUAGUGGAGGAAGACAACGCCAUGCUGACGGGUGACAACAUAUUGGGCCAUGGAAGCACGGCUGUUGAAGAAAUGAGCACAUAUAUGAAGACACUGAGGAAGAUGCAGGCCUAUGAUUGUCAGAUAGGAUAUCCUGCACACGGAACGGUCAUCACGGACUUACGGACAAAAGUUAUGGGAGAGCUCGCACAGAAGAUUCGAAGGGAAAGACAAGUAUUGCGUGCCCUGGAUCAGGCUAAUAAAAGGGACAGGCUGGCUGGUAAGGACAAGUCUCAGGGCCUUACCGUGUCGGAGCUUGUCAGUGCCAUUCACGGCCGUGGCUUGGACGAGGAGGUCAGGAAAUUGGCGGUGGAGCCCUUCAUUGAAGAGGUACUUCGGAAGCUUGCAGAGGAUGGAGCGGUGGCUUUCAGACUAAAGGGAGGAAAGAAGAAGUGGGCAGCUUUGUGA